ACACAGGCCAUAGUGCCGUGGUCGCGCCUGCCCUUCAGAUCUGUCCACAUCCUACUAGGCUCUGCUCCCAAGCGCAGCUAAGAUGGCUCUGCUCAAGUCUAACAAGGUGAUCUACUGCCUGGGCAACAUUUCCCCGUCCCUGGGAGUCCUGUCCACCCGUAACAGCUCAUGGUGGGGUGGAGUGCAGAUGGGUCCCCCCGAUCCCAUCCUGGGGGUGACCGAAGCCUUCAAGAGGGACACCAACCCCAAGAAGAUGAACCUGGGAGUGGGAGCCUACAGGGAUGACCAGGGAAAACCCUUUGUUCUCAGCUGUGUUCGCAAGGCAGAAGCUUUGAUUGCAGCCAAACAGCUGGAUAAAGAGUAUCUUCCCAUCGGUGGUCUGGGCGAAUUUAACAAGGCCUGUGCUCAGCUGGCUUUUGGUGCUGAUAAUGAGGUCUUGAAGGCCAACAGGAACAUCACUGUGCAGACCAUCUCAGGAACUGGAUCUCUGCGCAUUGGAGCCAACUUUUUGUCCCGUUUCCAUGGAGGUCCACUUGAUGUGUACCUGCCCAAACCCUCCUGGGGAAACCACACACCCAUCUUCAGAGAUGCCGGCAUGCAGCUCAAAGCUUACCGAUACUAUGACCCAUCCACCUGUGGCUUCGACUUCAAAGGAGCUCUGGAAGACAUCUCUAAAAUUCCAGAGAAGAGUGUGAUCCUGUUGCACGCAUGCGCCCACAACCCCACCGGCGUGGACCCCAACAAAGAGCAGUGGAAGGAGAUGUCUGAGGUUGUGAAGAAAAGGAACCUGCUGGUGUUCUUCGACAUGGCGUACCAGGGCUUCGCUAGCGGAGACAUUGACCGCGAUGCCUGGGCUGUGCGCCACUUCGUUGAGCAGGGCCACAACAUCGUGCUGUCCCAGUCCUACGCCAAGAACAUGGGACUCUAUGGUGAGCGUGUGGGAGGCUUCACUGUGGUGUGUAACGACGCAGAAGAGGCAAAGAGGGUGGAGUCCCAACUCAAGAUCCUCAUCAGGCCCAUUUACUCUAACCCACCGAUGAAUGGCGCCAGAAUUGCCAGCACUAUUCUCACCACACCAGACCUGCGGUCUCUGUGGCUGGAGGAGGUCCACGGUAUGGCCAACCGCAUCAUUAAGAUGAGAGAGCAGCUGGUGGCUGGUCUGAAGAAGCAGGGCUCCAGCCACAACUGGCAGCACGUCAUCGACCAGAUCGGGAUGUUCUGCUUCACAGGCCUCAAACCUGAACAGGUCGAGCGCCUGACAAAGGAGUUUUCGGUGUACAUGACCAAGGAUGGCAGAAUUUCCAUGGCUGGCGUGACCUCUGGGAAUGUGGGCUACCUGGCUGAGGGAAUCCAUGCUGUCACCAAGUAGAGCGGAUCCUGCUGAGAGAGCAACAAAAUCAAAGGAGCAGUGAUGAAGAGGAGCUUCAUGUGUCACUUAUUCUCUGUCUCCUCCAUCCUACCUUUAGAUUCAAUAUUUACUUAAACUUGUUCUUGAUUGGAUUUCAUCAUUAACUAGUGAUGGUUACUGUUGUUGAACAGUUUGGACUCUUUACAUUUCACUGUACAACAGACUUCCCUGCUAAAUUGUAAAACACACUUAUUUAUUAUGUGGAACCAAAUGUUGGCUGUGCAUUAGUGAUCUCCUGUUCUUUUUAUCUGCUGUGGGCCCACUCACUGGAAAACACCAAGGAACCAACAUUGGGUACUGGUAGACUGUCCGUUAAUUUUAAGACGAGUUGUCUUUGUGAAAGUCUGUAGAAAACGUGAGUAGUAUUUUUUUUUUUUUUUUUUUUUUUUUUUUUUUUUUGGGUUUAUAAUGGUGGAUUUGUAGCACUUUAUAAGAUGCAAGGCACUGUUUGAGUUUCAAGACGUGACGGACCUCUGUCAUUGGGCUUUAUUGUAUUACCAGGCAUUUGUCAAUCAGGUUAUCACUUUGCUAGUUUAAUCUGAUGUAGUUAAUCUGAACUAAUCAAGCAUGUUGUAAUUUAGUCUCUGUUGUCUCUCUUUGGAAUUUGAUCUUCUUUCUCCCUUCUAUUCAGUACUUUUCCAGUAGACUUUGUGAAUCUUUUUGGUUGAAGUCUCUCAGUUGUUUUUCUAAUCCCUGUAACUUUAAAGCACACAAGCCAAAACUAGAAUACUGAUUGGUGAUAAAUCUAAUACCCCAUUUUUAAUGUUCAGAAAGGAAGUACUAGAUACCAGUACUAAUGUUCUCUCUGCGUGGGCUACCUGGUUAGGGUGAACACAGGAAUAUGCACAUGCUGCUCAUUUACCCAGACUCCAUGUUUGACUGUAUGAACGGUUCGUCAUUAAUACUGAAAUACAGACAGCUUUCAGAAAUGUUGGGGAUUUCCCCAGUUUGCUCAUACUUCAGACACACUGGCACUUUAUCGCCAUGUGUAACUUGCAUUCUGUCAUUAAAUAUGGAUCAUUGGUAAUGUACCUUAUUGAACAAACAAUAAAUCAUUAUAUAGUAA